AUGAGUUCUUGUGCACCCUCAACUCUGCCUCCACAGUAUCCAAAUUACGGUUACUCUCAUCAUCAGACUUAUAACUCCUCUGGAAAUAGCUACAGAACAAGCAGUGGUUUUUUGACUGGUAAUAACCGGAUAGGAGUAUCGCACAACUAUUUAUCAUCUCGAAAAACAGCAGUGUCUGACAGCUUACAGCCGAGUACGGACUGUCUAGAGACAUACACUCCUCACACAGCAGCUUCACAAAAUCAAUCUGUUGUCCCUUCCACCAUGUCAAAUAUAAAGAAACGGCAGAGAUCCCGGGAAGUUCGAGAACCCGAUUGGCAUAAAUUCUAUCAAAAUGGCCUACCCAAAGAAGUUAUCGUUAUUGAUGACACACCUACACCUGAACCUCAUACUGCAACAUCGUCUCGAAUUCAGCCGGUCGUAUCUGCGACAGAGGCCGAUGGUAGGCACGCUGCAAAGAAAAGGCGGCGGGACAACAUGCAACCGAUAUACGAUCCUGUAUAUCAUCUAGGAUCUCCUCACAAAAUCUCAAACUAUAAAGACUCAUCCGGCUCUACAGUAUCGACGGAUAAAACAGCAUCCUCCGCUCAUUUCACGGCAACCACUUCACUCCGCUCCCUAUCUUCGCUCGGGCAGAUAAGCUAUUCAGUAUCCGAUGUCCACCUAGGUCAGAAAAGAAAGAGGACUGCUACUCGCUUACAGAUUGCAAAUGAAGCCAAACUCAGAGAGCUGGAAGUUAACGGAGAUGCUUUCUCAAGCUACAAACCGCCUCCUAAACCCCCCAUAAAGGCACCCGAUGUUCAAAUCAAACAGGUGCUUGAUAGCACUUUCAAUAAGACUGGACAGGUUGAUGACAAAGAUGGACACUACAUCGUCAUACCCGAGUCUGAUCUUACUGAACGUUACCAAGUUACCAAACUUCUUGGCCAAGGAACAUUUGGAAAAGUAGUCCAAGCUCGAGACCGCCGUCGAAAUAAACAAGUGGCAAUAAAGAUCAUUCGGUCUGUUCAGAAAUACCGAGAUGCAUCUCGAAUAGAGCUACGAGUCCUCUCGACGUUAAAAGCAAACGACAAUGAAAACAGAAACAGAUGCAUACAUCUUCGUGACUGUUUCGACUAUCGAGGACAUAUCUGCAUAGUUAUGGACCUGCUUGGCCAGAGCGUGUUUGAUUUUCUGAAGGGAAAUUCUUUUGUACCGUUCCCUAAUAGUCAAAUCCAAAGUUUUGCCCGUCAACUCUUUACCAGUGUUGCUUUUCUCCACGAUUUAAACUUAAUUCAUACCGACCUGAAGCCUGAAAAUAUACUUCUCUGCGACAGCUCAUACCAAGCGUUUACCUACAGUCGUAGGAUUCCCUCAUCCUCGUCAAGCGUCAAUCGACAGGCGGCCCAGAGAAAGGUUCUCUUGGAUACAGAGAUACGUCUUAUAGACUUUGGCUCGGCAACAUUUCAAGAUGAGUAUCAUUCCUCCGUUGUAUCUACACGGCACUAUAGAGCCCCCGAAAUUAUACUAGGGCUUGGCUGGUCGUUCCCUUGUGAUAUUUGGAGUAUAGGAUGUAUACUUGUGGAAUUUUUCACUGGUGACGCUUUGUUCCAAACUCAUGACAAUCUUGAACACUUAGCUAUGAUGGAAAAUGUUUGUGCUACAAGAAUGGAUGUGAAUUUGAUCCAUCAAGUUAAUUCAAUGUCAAAAAAAAACUGUGGAAACCCUGCUUCUAAAUUUUUCAAAAGAUUAAAGCUUGACUACCCACAGCCAGAAACUAGUCGAGCUUCUAGGCGAUUUGUCAAAGCUAUGAAAAGACUUGAAGACAUUAUUCCAGAAAAUACUAGAUUCUGUAAAAAUUUCUUAGACUUGUUGAAAAAAAUAUUUGUCUAUGAUCCAGCGAAGAGAAUUACCGCAAAAGAAGCCCUUCAGCAUGAGUGGUUCAAAGAUGCUGCUGCUCCAGAUGACGGGACAGAAGCUUCUAAAAUACGUCUCCAAAAACAGCAGGCAGCUAAUGCUUCAGGAAAUUUCUCCCAGAUGAACACAACAUCUAGACACAAUGAAAUUUCAAAAUAA